UCCGAAUUAUAAUAAAGUUUGCUGCGAAAUGAAAUGGGACAUUUUGUCCUUUUAUUGCUAUGGUCUAUGUUCAGUAUCAUAGCAGGAAAUGACUAUGAUCCAAAUUCAAUACCGCAUAUCAAUCUACAAAAAUUGAAGAAUAUUAUUGCAUCAGGGAAUGAAGAGAUUCUUGUUUUCUUUUAUGGAGAUUUCAAUGGAUGUGAAGAAUGCAAGAAAUUAAUGCCUAAAUAUCAUGAAGCUGUGGAAUAUUUGAAUAAGCUUGAAGAUGGCAAGGUAGUAAGUUAUAAAAUGGCUAUAAAAUUUCCCGAAUAUGGUGUCAACACAUUACCUCAGAUGAUGUUGUUUUUAAAAGAUACUCCUUUUCUAUAUGAUGGCCGAGAUGAUGAAUCUGUCUGGGAAGCUGACGAUAUACUGGAUUGGGUUGAAGAAGCGAAGCAAACACCGUUGCAGGAGUUGACUGAUGAAACAUUUGAACAUCUAACACAAUCUUCCACAGGUGCAACUACAGGGGAUUGGAUUAUUUUAUUUGCUGACCGAUCACGUCCAGAAUGCUUGAAACCAUACCUGCCUACAAUUAGUAACAUUGGAUUGAAACUUCGUAGGAGAAAAAAUGCUGCAUUCAUUGAUAUCAAUUCUAAUCCAGUAACUUACUCAAGGUUCAACACUGUCCUUCAAACAAAUUGUGCUGCUGUUUUAUUUUUUCAUCGUACCGAACUGUAUAAAAUUCCAAUGAACAACUUCUCCACAAAUUCAAUUUUGAAGUUUGUAUUGGAGGACUAUACAUACACAGAACAUGUUGAAGUACCCAAGGAACACCAUGAAGCACAUUCUCAGAUUGAUGAAGCUGUCAAAUUAUUGAGGAGCAUGUUAGAAGAAUACACACAGUAUCAUACGAUACAUGCAGGGUUACUGAUUAUCCUAAUGGCUGCUACCAUGUGUAUCGUGUUUUUUCUAAUCAAAAAAUUUACAAAAAAGAAAAUUUUAUAAUUCCUUGCUUCCUCUUCUAAAUUAGAAAAUUUACCUUUGCACUGCAUGAAAGAAUGUUCCUUUUAUUUUUUGAUAAAUAGACCAAUAUUAGAAGUCUUUGGAAUGCAAUGGUAUGGGUCUGUUGCAGAAAUUCUCUUGGGAAGUGCAAUUUUUAAAUGGAUGUUUCUGUUUUCGCUUGUAUUUUUGUGCCAAAUUCAUAACAAUCAUGUAAAAUGUUUAGUUGCAAUAAACAAUAUCCACUUUA